GGGGGCAGGAACCCGGGUGUCGCUUUCACCCCAGAAGUCGCAGACACACCCUGCAUUUUAAACCCCUGCCCAUAGCACGGGUGAUGGUCACUGAAACAGCCCGUGCCUCCACCUCGGUGCGCACGAUUUAGCCUGAGAGGCGACCUGGCAGUGGCGGAACCGAGGAAUGGAUGACUAUAAAUAUCGGGACAGCUACGAGGCCUAUGCCCACGCCGAUGGCUAUUGUCGCGGCGACGACUCCAACCCCGAAGAAGACGCGCAGAGUGAUGUCACGGAAGGUCACGACGAGGAAGAUGAGAUAUACGAGGGCGAGUACCAGGGCAUCCCCCCCCCGGAGGAUGCCAGGGCCAAGAAGACCAGGACGGCGCCCCCCAGGGCAGGUGACCUUGGGGACCGCGCAGACCUGGUGGCCCAGAGGCUGGAAGACGAGGAGGAGCUGGCUCACCAGUACGAGACCAUCAUCGACGAGUGUGGCCACGGGCGCUUCCAGUGGACCCUCUUUUUCGUCUUGGGCUUGGCCCUGAUGGCCGACGGGGUGGAGGUGUUUGUGGUGAGUUUUGCUCUGCCCAGUGCCGAGAAGGACAUGUGCCUGUCCAGCUCCAAGAAAGGGAUGCUUGGGAUGAUAGUCUACCUAGGAAUGAUGGCGGGGGCCUUCAUCUUGGGGGGCCUGGCUGAUAAGCUGGGGAGGAAGAGAGUUCUCAGCAUGUCUCUGGCCCUCAACGCCUCCGUUGCCUCUCUCUCUUCCUUCGUGCAGGGUUACGGAGCCUUUCUGUUCUGCAGACUCAUCUCAGGCAUAGGCAUUGGUGGGGCUCUGCCCAUUGUUUUUGCCUAUUUCUCGGAAUUCUUGUCUCGGGAGAAGCGAGGGGAGCACCUCAGUUGGUUGGGCAUCUUCUGGAUGACCGGGGGCAUCUAUGCGUCUGCCAUGGCCUGGAGCAUCAUUCCGCACUACGGCUGGGGCUUCAGCAUGGGCUCCCAUUACCACUAUCACAGCUGGAGGGUGUUUGUCGUCGUCUGCGCCCUGCCCUGCACCGUGUCCUUGGUGGCCCUGAGGUUCAUGCCAGAGAGCCCGCGGUUUCUGCUGGAGAUGGGCAAACAUGACGAAGCUUGGAUGAUUCUGAAGCAAGUCCAUGAUACCAACAUGAGAGCCAAGGGGACCCCGGAGAAGGUGUUCACGGUUUCCCACAUCAAAACUCCCAAGCAAAUGGAUGAAUUCUUUGAGAUCCAAAGUUCAACAGGAACUUGGUACCAGCGCUGUCUGGUCAGAUUCAAGACCACUUUCAAGCAGGUCUGGGAUAACGCGCAGUACUGUGUGCUCGGGCCCUGCAGGAUGAACACGCUGAUCCUGGCCGUGGUCUGGUUCACGAUGGCCUUGAGUUACUACGGCCUGACAGUUUGGUUCCCCGACAUGAUCCGGUAUUUUCAAGAUGAAGAAUACAGGUCCAAAAUGAAGGUCUUUUUCGGCGAGCACGUGUACGGGGCCACAAUCAACUUCACCAUGGAAAACCAGAUUCACCGGCAUGGGAAGCUUGUGAAUGACAAGUUCACAAAGAUGUACUUCAAACAUGUUCUCUUUGAAGACACUUUCUUUGACGAGUGCUAUUUUGAAGAUGUGACAUCCACGGAUACCUAUUUCAAGAACUGCACCAUUGAAUCCACCAUCUUUUAUAACACAGACCUCUAUGAGCAUAAGUUCAUCAACUGCCGGUUUAUCAACUCCACCUUUCUGGAGCAGAAGGAGGGCUGUCACAUGGACUUGGAGCAGGACAACGACUUCUUGAUUUACCUGGUCAGCUUCCUUGGCAGCCUGUCUGUCUUGCCCGGGAACAUCAUUUCCGCCCUGCUCAUGGACAGAAUUGGAAGGCUCAAGAUGAUCGGCGGCUCCAUGCUCCUCUCGGCCGUCUGCUGCUUCUUUCUGUUUUUUGGCAACAGCGAGUCGGCGAUGAUCGGCUGGCAGUGCCUGUUCUGCGGGACCAGCAUCGCGGCCUGGAAUGCUCUGGAUGUCAUCACGGUGGAGCUGUACCCCACCAACCAGAGGGCAACGGCCUUUGGCAUCCUCAAUGGAUUUUGCAAAUUUGGAGCCAUUCUGGGAAACACCAUCUUUGCUUCUUUUGUUGGGAUCACCAAAGUGGUCCCCAUCCUCCUGGCUGCCACUUCUCUCGUGGGGGGCGGCCUGAUUGCUCUUCGGCUGCCAGAGACCCGGGAGCAGGUCCUCAUGUGA